UCACCUUACUAACAGUUAACAAUCUCAGUUGCUUUUACAAAUGGAUUACCACAAAUCUGACAAUAGUAUUAAUGCAUGAAUUUGGGAAAUGAUCUGUUUGUAUGUGUUGGAAAUAUUGCAGGAUAGUCUGCAUUUUUUUUAUUUUUUUAUUUUUUUUGCCAACAAAGUAUUUCUUUCGGCCUUUCUCUGUAGAGAACAAGAAACAGCAACUCCAGAGAGUUCAGCACAUGAUCAUAAGCUCUGAGCAGAUUGGUUAGCCAGCUGGCACCCAAACAUUCUUUCGGUGGACUAUGCUUCUGCUUUGGAGAAAAGACAAACUCACUCUACUGAGAUGUUUCUGCUGAUGGCUACAUCGGAAAUCUUUCUGCUUUUGGGCUGGGUAUGGAGGUCAGACUGCCUUUGCUCACCCACCACUUUUUUCAAGAACUGUUGGAUCCGACGCUUCCCAGGCCUUGCAAUUGAUCUGGAGAAUUCACAGAGGAAAGGGGCUCAUGUCAUCAAAGUGUAUACAAAUUCCACAGCACAGCAGUGCAGUCAGACCUGUUGUCUUCUAAAGAAUGUUUCCUGUAACUUGGCAGUUUUCUACUAUGAAACCAACAACCAGAAUCGCAAUUGCUUGAGUAUUUAUUGUCCAGCCCUGGAGAGCUGCAUACUGAAGCCUAUGAUCAAUGUUGUGUUAUACAACAUCACAGCAGGAAUUGAUCCAGAUCUCCUUGUUUUUGAGAAGCUCUCUUUUAAGGAUAUGACUACCAGGUCCUCUUUUAAUAAAUGGGAAAGGCAUGGAAGUGUAAGGGUUGCUGAUUCAGAAAAAUGUCAAGAUGCAACCACCACCUCAAAGGACCUCCCCCCUAAAGCUUUAUCUGCAGUGGUACAAGAACUGAAAACUAACAGUAAAACUACAAGUACUACAGGUGUCCCUAUGUACAAGACUGCACCCACUGUAUAUAUAGGACCUACAGUGGCAUCAGUGAAGGGCCAUUUUACUAAAGUGACAGACAUCAUUUCAGGAAAAAAUAGUUCAAGAGCCACAUCUGUCAGUACAACUGCACUUCCUUCCUAUGCAUUCACAUCCUUGAAGAUGUUAUCACAUUUACCCAGCAUGGCAUAUCUGAAUAACAGCAAACACCUGAAUGAAACCAAAGGUUAUGGUGGAAGAAAUUACACGUCAGAUGACCAAGGCCAGAAACCAGCUUGGGAGGGAGUAGAAAGGAAGACCUGGUUGCUCCCAGUGAUGCUUUGUUCUUCACUGAUCUUGAUCUGUUGUUGCAGUAUUUUUCUUGCAACAGGAUGCCAUCGAAAGAGGCAUGGCCACUAUAAACCAAGAAGGAGAGGAGUGUCAGUAUACAGGCAAAAAUAGUUUUUAAUGGCAAACAUUUCAGAGACUGGAUAACAUCUCACAUUUCAAAAAUGUGGGGUACUAGUGACUAAGAAAUGAAAAAGUAGCUGUGCUUGUUUAGAAAAAUAAAGUAAUUCUGCCUGUUUUGGAAUGGUUACAGUAUUUGAAUACUUUGUCAUUAGAGCAAGAUACUUUUAAUUUUUUUUAGCAUGCAGAGGGAUCUUGCA